UUCAGUUUCCCAAAGCAAACAUUAUAUCCUUUUCUCUCUCUCUCUUUCAUUACAACAUUGACCACACAACUCUAAAAAUCUUACACCACCGUCGCCACCACUAUGCCGCCGGGAUACUACCUCAUCACCACCAUCCUCCUCCUCAUUCUCCUCUCUCUUCAUCCUCCCGCCACCGUCACAGCCACCGUCACCGCCUCCGAUGCUCCGAAAUUCCGUGAAGCUCCAGCAUUUCGUAACGGCAAAAAUUGCUCUUCAACUAUUCACAUAGCAAUGACUUUAGAUUACUCCUCCCCUUACCUCCGCGGCUCAAUCGCCGGCGUACUCUCCGUUCUACAACACGCCACGUGUCCUGAAAACACAUUCUUCCAUUUCCUCGCCGUUCACCGUCACUUUAACAACCUUAACAAAACAAUUACCUCAACUUUCCCGUACCUUAAUUUCAAGCUCUACAACUUCAAUCCAACUUUAGUCCGGCAUUUGAUUUCCUCUUCUGUUCGCCGUGCUUUAGACCAACCGCUAAAUUACGCUCGUAUUUACCUUGCUGAUUUACUUCCUACCACAGUAAAUCGGAUUAUUUACCUUGAUUCUGAUCUCAUUGUUGUUGACGAUAUUGCUAAGCUUUGGAAUAUUGAUCUUAACGGUCGUGUAUUAGGUGCGCCUGAAUAUUGUCAUGCUAAUUUUACUUAUUAUUUUACGAACAAGUUUUGGUUCCACCCGACGUUUUCUAACACGUUUGAGAAUCGGACUCCUUGUUAUUUUAACACUGGGGUUAUGGUUAUUGAUUUGCAAAAAUGGCGGAAUAAUGGCUAUACACGCAAACUCGAGCAUUGGAUGAGAGUUCAAAAGAGGUACAGAAUAUACGAAUUGGGUUCAUUGCCACCAUUUCUAUUAGUAUUCGCGGGAAAUGUAAAGCAAGUGGAGCAUAAAUGGAACCAACAUGGAUUAGGAGGUGAUAAUAUUGAAGGGCAAUGUAGGGAUUUACAUCCAGGUCCAGUUAGUUUAUUACAUUGGAGUGGUAAAGGGAAACCAUGGUUAAGAUUAGAUUCAAAGAAACCAUGUCCGUUGGAUAGUUUAUGGGCACCGUAUGAUUUAUUCCGACAUGAAUCAUUGUUUUCGGAUAGCUGAUGUAGGAGAUUACUGCUAUUUUUAGCAGUAGAAUAAUUGUUAGAGUGAGCUGGAGACAGUGAUACUGAAGUUUGUAAAAAGACGAAUGAGGACCAAAGUGUAGACUAUGGUGAUGUAGAAGGAAGGGUAGUUUGGGGUUUUGUGCAAAAAAAAAAAAAAAAACAGGUCAUCGUCUUGUUCACGGUAAAAUUUACAUAUACAUUAUCCUUCGAAGAUUUCACUCAGUGGGAUUAUAUUGUUGUUGUUAUUGGUUAAAGAUGAUUUUAACCGUUGGAUUUUGAGGUAAAUGGUGGAUUUACCAUGGUGGGGUCAUGUAGUGACGUGGAGGUUGGCGAUUGGCUGAUGAGAUAUUUGGAUGGAAGUGAUUGGAUUAUGAGAAGAUUCUUGUGUUGCUUUCACAGAUUUAUAUUUUUGUUUGGUGCUAAUGUCAUUUAUAUGCACUUUUCACCUACAAUUAUUUGCUCUUUUUUCUUUUUUCUCUUUCCUUUGGGAUGUAGUAAUUCAUAAAUCAUGAAAAUAUGUUGUUGGAUACUUUGAUUGAGCUCUUUUAAAUAUUAUCUCAUUUUUAGGGUCCACAAUUUGUAAGUAUCUUUUUGGA